AUACUAAACCAGGUGUUUUUAGCUUAUGUGUCACAUAAGUUUGGAAAUAGCGACAAGCAAAGUAGUUCUCAGGCAUGAAUACUGGUUUUAGUAAUUAUCAUGUUUACUAAAUUUCCUCCUAAUAUUUCCCAUUAACAGUUUGUCAACACUAAUACCCUGAUACUUUAUACAUCAUUAAUAUAUUAUUAUAAACCUAUUGAUUUCUUUUUGUUUUUCACUGUGCUACAGAUGAACGGCUGCAGACAGUUGACUGUUAAGAUUUGAGGAGAUGGUUACCGGUCUACACACGUGUACAUGUAACUGACAACAUCUAUCAAGGUUGAAAAUGAGCUGUCUGAACUACACUGAGAUGAACAAAACAUCCAUGAUGAAAUCCUACGAAGAAGUGCGCACUGAGGAGAUCAGCCAUUUCUUCAUGGCCAUCGCGACGCCCCUCGUGUGUUCCUUCGGUGUCCUUGGCAAUAUCCUCAACCUGGUUGUCCUGACGAUGGAGAAAUACCAGCGCACCCUCACCAAGAUGGAGCUGUCUGCCCACAUGGGUCUCAUCGCUCUGGCCUUCUCGGACUUCAUGUUCUGCCUGUUGGCACUGCUGUUCACCUUGCUGCCUCUGAAGGACGUGUAUGAGCUGGAGGACUACGUCGUGUACUACGACUGGCUGGGCGGCGGCUUCAUUACCAUCUUCAUCGUCAUCAGCACAUGGCUCAUCGUCGUCAUGGCGGGGGAACGCUACAUGGCUGUCUGCCAUCCAUUCAAGGCACGCAAACUGAUCUCGCUCCGCAAGACUCGCAUAAGCAUCACUGUGAUCUUUGUUCUGUGCGCACUGUGCACGGUUCCCAUAUUCCUUGAGAAGGAGAUCGUGCGGUGCGACAAUUCGACGUUUCUCAGAGUCGAAGACCGGAAGAUGUUCACACGGCCGAUUGUUGCGGCACGCCGUCUCGCAUGGUCGGUGUGUUUCGACUUCAUCCCCUGCGCCUCCCUCAUCUACUUCAACAUCAUUCUCAUCCUCAAGAUCCGCAAGGCCAAGCAGCUACGGCAGAACAUGGCUCCUCUGCAACGAGAGAAGAAAAUAGCGAUUCGCCCCGCGAAACGUAACGGCUCUGUGAAGUUCGCCCGAGAACUGAACAUCCACCACCAGAGUCAUUCUCAGUCUUCGAGUUUCUCGCACUCAAACGUCAGCGGGAAACUGACGGUUCACCUGACGAGGAAACGGGCUGCUGACAGUGCCCUCAAUUCCGUUACCGCGACGCUGGUUGCCGUGGUGUUAUUGUUCCUUAUUCUCGUCUCCCCCAGCGAACUUCUUAAGUUUGUUCUCGAAUAUGCAACGUCUUCAGUGGAUAAGUAUAAGGUCAAACUUGUAAGAUCUGUGACCAAUUUCAUGCAGGCACUGAAUUUUUCAACCAAUUUUGUGCUAUACUGCGCAAUAAACAAAUCGUUUCGGCAGACGCUAACCAAGAUAGUUUGUUUAUGGUGGAUUGCUCUGUUGCCCAAAAGAAAACGAAAAGGUUCUUCGGAUUCCAUGACUAGUGAUGAACGGAACAAUAUGAUAUAAAAAAAAACUACAAUGAAAUAAGUGGUAGAUGAUUUCCAACACUUACAAUUAAGAAAAUUGCAUCAGCAAAAACAAGUGCUCAGGCAAAAGUAGUCUCUUGCCUAAAAGAAAACGAAAUGGUUUGUCAGAUUACAUGACUAAUGAUGAACGAAACAUUAUGGUAUAAAAAUUACAAUAAAAUAUGUACUAAAUGAUUUCCAACCCUUGCAAUUCAGAAAAUUUCAUCGGCAAAAAUAAAUUAUGUGGCAAAAGCAAUCUGUUGCCCAAAAUAAAACAAAAAGGUUCCUCAGAUUCCAUGACAAGUGACUGACGAAACAAUAUGAUUUAAAACCUACAAUGAAAUAAGUGGUAAAUAAUUUCUAAGUCUUUCGAUUUGGAAAAUUGCAUCAGCAAAAACAAAUGAUAAAAUACACUUUGACUGAGAAUUAGUUUUUUAACAGGUCUACACUUGUAUCUUCCCUCAAUAGUAUGCAUCAGUUAAAAAAAUAAAAAAUGCUGAUGUUAAUUGAUUUUAUACUGGCUAUUACAUUAAUUGGCUUUGUUGAAUGUGGACGUGAAUUGUAAAAGCUGAAUUUCUCAGUGUAUAAACAAGAAUAUUAAAGGAGAAUGAAUAAUUUCUGUUGGAAAAUCAUCUAGUGAUUGAUUUCUACCGUGCUUUUCCACUGGGUGGUUAGACAUUGGUGACCAGGGGCCUAAUUCACAAAAGUCUCUUGGGCUCUGCUAGACAACAAAGCAUCCUCUUUGCAAGUCUUUUAGCACCGCACUGCGAGAUCGCAAAGUUGCAAGAGUUUAGUGAAUUAGGCCCUUGGUGCUCACCUAGGUGCAGCCAAUAUGUCUGUAAAAUGUUAUAUACGUGUUAUCAAAAAUAACGAAUAUAUGUUCUCACCAACAGGUGUAUAUAAAAAAUAAAUAUAACAAUAUAUA